CCAAACACCACCAACCCCAGCCAUCAAAGAUGCCCGUUGUCAAGGGAGGCGUGUGGACCAACAUUGAGGACGAGAUCCUCAAGGCGUCCGUUAGCAAAUAUGGGCUGAACCAGUGGGCGCGCGUGUCGUCGCUGCUGGCGCGGAAGACGCCGAAGCAGUGCAAGGCGCGAUGGAACGAAUGGCUCGACCCCAGCAUCAAGAAGAUUGAGUGGAGCAAGGAGGAGGACGAGAAGCUGCUGCACCUUGCCAAGCUGAUGCCAACACAAUGGCGCACCAUCGCCCCGAUCGUUGGCCGCACCGCCAACCAGUGCCUCGAACGAUACCAGCGUCUCCUUGAUGAAGCAGAGCAGAGGGAGGCGUCUGCCUUGGGUCUGACGGGCCCGGAGGGCGGCGAAACCAAAGCACCCACCGCCGACGAUGUCCGCCGUCUGCGCCCUGGCGAGGUCGAUCCCGAUCCCGAGACGAAGCCCGCCCGGCCCGAUACGAUCGAUCUCGAUGAGGACGAGAAGGAAAUGCUGAGCGAGGCCCGCGCCCGCUUGGCCAACACGCAGGGUAAAAAGGCGAAGCGCAAGGCUCGCGAGCGGCAGCAGGAAGAAUCGAGGCGUCUCGCCGCUUUGCAGAAACGGCGAGAGCUCAAGACAGCCGGUAUCAACAUCAAGGUCACGACGCGGAAGAAGGGACAGAUGGACUAUAAUGCGGACAUCCCCUUCGAAAAGAAGCCUGUUCCGGGAUUUUACGACACCACCGAGGAGAUUGCGCGAAACGAGUACCAGCGCGCACACUUUGACCCGAAGAAACAACAGGUGGGCAACAAGCGCAAAGGCGAGGAGGAAGGGGAUGCCGACCGCAAGCGGCGGAAGAACGAAAAGGACGGGCCGUCCGCGUCGGUCCAGGCCGCUCUUAAGGCCGGUCAGAUGCAGAAGCUUCGCGAGGCUGAGCAGAGCAGCAAGCGGAAGCCCCUAGUUCUGCCGGCACCGCAGGUCAGCGAUGGAGAGUUGGAGGAGAUUGUCAAGAUGGGCAUGAUCGGCGAGCGGGCGAGCGCGAUGGCAAGAGACAGCGACAACGAUGCCACCCGCGGGCUGGUAGGGAACUAUUCGACACUCAACACGAACGCGCCCAUCAGGACACCUCGAGCCCCUCCACAGGAAGACCACAUCGCGAAUGAGAUUCGAAACAUCCGGGCGUUGACAGAGACUCAGUCGUCACUGCUGGGCGGUGAAAAUACACCCCUUCAUCAAGGAUCAGGGUCUACGGGAUUCGAAUCAGCCGCUCCGCGGAAGCAAGUUGUCGCUACGCCGAACCCACUUGCAACGCCUUUGCGGCCGGCUGGUAGUGCUGUCGGCGCGACGCCACUCCGGGCAGGGCAGACUCCGCUACGCACGCCCCGCGAUACCUUCUCCCUGAACGCGCCAAGCACUGAGAUGGACAUGGUUGGUGGAACGCCCGCAGACGCCAGGAUGCGCGAACUGUCCCUUCGUCACCAGCUCAAGCAGCGCCUCGCCGCCCUGCCCAAGCCCAAGGAGACUGAGUGGGAGCUGGAGCUGCCAGAGGAAAAGGAAGAGCCCAUGACGGCCGAGCAAAUGGAGGUGGACGCGGCAGAGCGCGACCGGAGAGAACGAGAGAUCCGCGAAGCCCAAGAGCUUUUGGAGCGCAAGCGUCGGACGCAGGUGAUGCAGCGGGGCCUACCGCGAGCCGUAGAAGUCGACUACAACAAACUUGUACAGGCUGCGUCGGAGAUCGACGAUCCCGCACGAGCCCUUGUUGCUCGCGAGGCGGCUCUGCUGAUGGCGCAUGACGCCACUCGGUAUCCGCUCCCCGGCGCUCCCCCGGCAGCCAAACCGGUUCCUCUUCCCCAAAUCGACGAUUCGGCUCUCGCCGAAGCUCGCCUCCAAAUCCUUCUCGAAAUGAAGGACCAACCAAAACCGGAAGAGGUCCAGGCUGUGUGGAACAAGGAGAACACAAACUCUCUGCUCCUCGGCCUCGGAUGUUACGACGAUGAUGACGAGGAAGACCAGGUCGCCACGCUCAAGUCGGCUCUAGAUUCCGCCCUCGAGUCGCUCAUGUCUUCAGCCGAGAAAGGCAACAAGCUGGAGAAGAAGCUUGGCCUGCACUUAGGAGGGUACAAGAACCGCGCCGAGAUGCUGCGCAAAAAGGUUGUCGAGGCGCACGCCGCGCUCGAGAAGGCGCGGAACGCGCUCGGGGGGUUCAGGAUCCUGCAGGCUAGCGAGCAGCAGGCGAUCCAAAACCGGCUGGCGGCGCUCAGGGCCGAGGUGGCGUUUGUGAGCACACGCGAGCGGCAGGCGCAGGAGCUGUAUCGCAGUGUGAGGGCCGAGCUGGAGGAUCUAAGGAUCGAGGUUGAUGCGCGGCAAUAGGGGGGGUGUUAAGGGUAUUAAUGGUUCUUCGUUACGCGUUCUGAAAGCGUCGGGUCAUAUUAGAUUGAAUGCGAUAAUCGCGUAUCUCUGGCGAGAAGUGUUUCCCAGUUACUGUCGGAUCCGGCGCAAUCAAUAGUCCCUCUUUGACUAGCCGUUUGUGCAGAACAGCUCGAGUUUUGGGAAUGGAAUGACAAAGUAUUGGAUUCUAAGUGUUUAGCCUGGCAUCGGCCAACUCCAAAGAGGGAACCG